AUGAGUGGGGAUGGUACGAACACAGCCAUCGCCACGUAUAUUCCUGCGUUUAUGUGCACCAUAUCUUUCCACUUAUCUUUUCCCACACAUAACUCCAGCUUGUUUCUCCUUCUUCAACUACUUCUUUGCAUGCUGCUUCACAAAGUCUUUACUCUGGGGGAAUUGGUAGCUGUGUUAGGUUAUAAUUUCAUAGUUGGAAAUGGAGAGGAGAUCGGUAGAUGUGUUUCAGCCUUCUGUGCGCCGUAGUGACGUUACUAGGACUCAAGGAAGUGGUUUUCAGGUGAUUCCAAUGGUAGGGGAGCCCUCUGUGCAUCGGACUCAAGAUAAAUGGAUGGCAUUUCAGCCCCAGCCUACAAAUUCUGAAGGAGAAAAUGACAAGGAAGCAAAAAUCAUAGCUGAAAGAACUGCCGAGUGGGGACUUAUGGUUAAGACAGGUGUGGGUGAAGGUAGCUUUCAUGCCAUCCCUAUUGGUUCCAGAGAAGGAGACAGGGUUAGGAACUCAUCCGAGAGAGCUAUUGGAUCAGCACGGUCAUCCGGGGACUCUGUGUUUGGGUCUGAACAUCCGAGGGUGUCUCAGGAUCUCAAGGAUGCUUUGGCUACCCUGCAACAGACAUUUGUUGUCUCUGAUGCAACAAAGCCGGAUUGCCCGAUUGUGUAUGCUAGCAGUGGAUUCUUCACAAUGACUGGCUACUCUUCAAAGGAGGUUAUUGGAAAGAAUUGCCGCUUCCUGCAGGGCCCGGCUACGGACAAGGAUGAGGUGUCCAAGAUAAGGGAUGCAACUAGAAAUGGAUCAAACUAUUGUGGGAGGCUUUUGAACUACAAAAAAGAUGGCACUCCCUUCUGGAAUCUGUUGACAGUCACUCCAAUCAAAGAUGAUAAAGGAAAAACCAUCAAGUUCAUUGGAAUGCAGGUCGAGGUCAGCAAGUACACAGAAGGAGUGAAUGAUAAAUCACUACGUCCAAAUGGAUUACCAAAGUCAUUAAUUCGUUAUGAUGUUCGUCAAAAGGAAGAGGCUUUAGGUUCCAUCACAGAAGUUGUACAAACCGUGAAGGAUCCAAAGUCGCAAAUAGCGUCAAAUCUGGAUUACAUGCUUCCUGUAAUAGCUGAAAGUGACACCAAAAGCACCCCAGGGAGACGUACCCCUGAACUGGGUGGAAAGAGCAGCUUGACUCGUUCUGGUUCUCAUCAGGAGACAAACAAGUCCAGAAAGUCCACACGCAUUUCCUUGCUGGGUAACAAAGGGAGGACUUCAAGUACUGCAGCAAUGAUUGGAAAUCAGCCAGAUAUUGAGCCAGAGAUCCUAAUGGUUAACGAUCUUGAACGUACACAGAGUUGGGGACGAACUGACAGAGAGAGAGAUAUACGUCAGGGCUUUGACUUGGCAACAACUUUAGAACGCAUUGAGAAGAAUUUUGUGAUAACAGAUCCUAGACUUCCUGAUAAUCCUAUCAUAUUUGCAUCAGACAGCUUUCUCGAGCUAACAGAGUUCACCCGUGAAGAAAUUUUGGGGAGGAAUUGCAGGUUUCUUCAGGGACCAGAAACCGACCAAGUUACUGUGCAAAAGAUAAGGGAUGCCAUCAAGGAACAAAGAGAAAUUACUGUCCAGUUGAUUAAUUACACAAAGAGUGGAAAGAAAUUCUGGAACUUGUUUCACUUGCAGCCUAUGAAAGAUCAGAAGGGUGAACUACAAUACUUUAUUGGUGUGCAACUAGAUGGCAGCGAUCAUAUGGAACCUCUGAGGAACCGCCUCUCUGAGAGAACAGAACAACAGAGUGCUAUAUUGGUUAAAGCUACGGCAGAAAAUGUUGAUGAAGCUGUUCGGGAGCUUCCUGAUGCCAACUCGACACCAGAGGACCUGUGGGCUUUACAUUCUCAACCAGUACGGGCUAAACCCCACAGAAGGGAUAGUCUUGCGUGGACAGCAAUAAUAAAGGUUACUGAAAAUGGUGAAAAGAUUGGAUUAAAUCAUUUCAAGCCCAUACGUCCGCUGGGUUGUGGAGAUACUGGCAGUGUUCAUUUGGUGGAACUGAUUGGUACUGGUCAACUGUUUGCCAUGAAAGCUAUGGAUAAAUCCAUGAUGCUAAAUCGUAACAAGGUUCACCGUGCAUGCAUUGAAAGAGAAAUUAUCUCACUCCUGGAUCAUCCAUUUCUUCCCACGCUGUACUGCUCUUUUCAGACCCCUACGCAUGUCUGCUUGAUAACAGAUUUUUGUCCUGGAGGAGAGUUAUUUGUAUUGCUUGACAAACAGCCAUUGAAAAUGUUUAGAGAGGAUUCAGCCAGGUUUUAUGCAGCUGAAGUCCUCAUUGGUUUGGAAUAUCUUCAUUGUCUAGGAAUUAUCUACCGGGACUUGAAACCAGAAAAUAUUCUUCUUCAAAAGGAUGGGCAUAUUGUGUUAGCUGACUUUGAUCUGUCACUAAAAACACCUUCUAGACCUCAAGUUAUUAAGCCUCCUCUACUAAAGAAACGGAGAAAAUGGAGUCAGCCACCUCCUAUUUUUUUCGCAGAACCAAACACACAGUCAAAUUCUUUUGUCGGAACUGAAGAAUACAUUGCACCGGAAAUCAUUACUGGUGAAGGUCAUAGUAGUGCCAUCGAUUGGUGGGCUCUUGGUAUAUUGGUGUAUGAAAUGCUUUAUGGGCGUACGCCGUUUAGGGGGAAGAACAGGCAGAAAACCUUCGCCAAUGUCCUGCACAAGGAUCUCACCUUCCCAAGUAGCAUUCAGGUUACUCUUCCAGCAAGGCAAUUGGUUCAUGCAUUAUUGAAUCGAGAUCCAUCAAGUCGUCUAGGAUCAAAUGGCGGUGCAAAUGAGAUCAAGGAACACCCUUUCUUCAAAGGAAUAAAUUGGCCUCUCAUCCGUUGCACGAUCCCCCCGCCGCUUGAUGCACCUCUUGAGCUAAUCGUGAAAGAAGAUGCAAAAGAUGUAAACUGGACAGACGAGGGAGUUCUCGUGCAUCCUAUGGAAAUGUUCUAGAGGCAGUAUAGUACCAUGAUGAGAUCUAUUUCGUCUAGAGAGGGAGACGGACAGAUGUAGCAUGUUGUACAGGAAAAACACAAGAGAAUAAGACUGCAGUGGAUUCAACCCCUUUCAAAUCAAGCAAAUAGAUGGUUUCAGUUAAUAUAGUCAUUCCAUCAGUUGUCACUGUGUUUUGAUUGUUUGUAUCUAGUGAGUGCACUCUUACCAUCCACUUCUACCUCUGAACAAAGGUUUGUUUUGUAUAAUGAUUAUGCAACUCUUGUAACUAUCUGUAUAUAUUUUACAGUACCUCAAGAAUAACUCCGUUUUGUGUGAUGAUUA